AAAAAAGAGAGUGAGGGAGCAGGAAAAAAAAACACCUCAUAAUUACGAAGGGCUCGAUCGGGCGGCGGAGAACAAUACUUACCGGGAAAGUUGCUGCGCGGCCCGUGAGGGAGCGGCGGGAGGAAAAUGCCGCAGCUGGGCAGCGGCGGCGGGGACGACCUGGGGGCCACGGACGAGAUGCUGGCCUUCAAGGACGAGGGCGAGCAGGAGGAGAAGAUCCCCGAGAACGCCUUCACGGAGCGCGACUUGGCCGACCUCAAGUCCUCGCUGGUGAACGAGUCGGAGGGAACCGGCAGCCCGGCCGCCGCCGCCGCCGACCCUGAGGCCGUCAGGAGGGUGCAGGAUCCGCAGAGGGUUUACCAGGAGAAGCUGCCCGACCACAUGGAUGAUGGUAUGAAGCAUCAGGACCCAGGGAUGUAUAAAGGAUCCGCGUACUCUGGCUACCCCUUCCUCAUGCUCUCAGAUCCUUAUCUGCCAAAUGGAUCCAUGUCACCUCUGUCCAACAAGGUUCCCGUCGUGCAGCCCUCGCACGGAGUCCACCCACUCACCCCGCUCAUCCCUUACAGCAACGACCAUUUCAGCCACGGCUCCCACUCGCCCCACUUGCCCGCUGACAUCAACCAGAAGCAAGGAGUGCACCGUCCUUCCCAGACCUCAGACAUCCCCGGAUUCUACCCCCUCCCUCCCGGUGGAGUCGGACAGAUCACGCCGUCGAUGGGAUGGCAGAGCCAGUCUGUCUAUCCGCUCCCGUCAUGUGGAUUUAGGCAGCCGUAUUCGUCAGCGCUUUCUGCUGGGGCUUCUUUCUCCAGGUUCACUCACCCGCUGAUGCUGGGCUCUGGCAUGCACACCACCGGCAUCCCGCACCCCGCCAUCGUGCCCCACUCCGGCAAGCAAGACAUGGAGCACUAUGACCGGAACAUGAAACCUCAACCAGAACCAAAGAGAGAGAAGGAAGCCAAGAAGCCCACUAUCAAGAAGCCCCUGAAUGCUUUCAUGUUGUAUAUGAAAGAAAUGCGGGCGAAAGUCAUUGCCGAGUGCACCCUGAAGGAGAGCGCCGCCAUCAACCAGAUCCUGGGACGGAGGUGGCACGCGCUGUCCCGGGAGGAGCAGGCCAAGUACUACGAACUGGCUCGCAAGGAACGGCAGCUCCACAUGCAGCUCUACCCCGGCUGGUCUGCCAGGGACAACUAUGGGAAAAAGAAGAGACGAACACGGGAAAAGCAGCAGGAUUCCAACUCAGAUCCUGCCUCUCCUAAGAAAUGCAGAGCUCGCUUUGGCCUCAACCAACAAACGGACUGGUGCGGCCCGUGCAGGAGGAAAAAGAAGUGCAUUCGGUACCUACAAGGAGAAGGACGCUGUGCCAGCCCAGUUUCUUCCGAUGGAAGUGCUAUAGACUCCCCUCCCUCUCCUCUGGACGCACUCCAAUGCAUCUCCUCUGCUUUUCCUUCAGACAAGCUCGCAGCCCCCGCUGACUCCGCACACAGAGAACAGCCCGACCCCUUCCCCGUCUCCGCUCACCUCCAGCCCCUCACCAGCUCCUCCAGACGGACGCCCUCAGAGUCCCCUCCGCGCCGCGUGGCCUCCACGGGGACAUAGUCCCGUGCCCCCCCCGGGCACCUCCUUUCACCCACCGCGUUUCACUGCCCGUUGCCAAGGACCAGAGGCCACAUUCCCCAUCGCACUGUAGAACGUGCAGGGUUAGGACACGGGAUGACUUGAGGGUGCUGGAAAACUCCUUUAGUUUUUAUUUCUUUGGGGGGUGGGAGAGGUGUUAAAGAUAGCAAAGUGAUCUCCAAAAACAAGGUAAUGAGAACUUGCCAAGAUUUAAAGUGCUGAUGAGUAAACAAGCCUUUGUCCCUGCCCUGUGCUGCUUUUCUUGUUUGUUUGGGGGUUUUUGGUUGUUUUAUUGCAUUAUCUCCAGGUAUGGUGGGAAGCAGAGCCCUGCUCCCCAGCUUGCUGCAGUAGGUGGUAGGUGCUGUCACCCUAACACUGGCUUUGCUCCCUGCCUUCUGACCUGCUUCCAAGUGUAGUCGCUCACUCACAGAUCUCUUGUAGCCGUUCCACUACGGAGCUGGAAAAGCUGGAAUAGGAGCAUUUGUAAAAGCUGAAACUCAAUGUAGUGAUGCCGGCUUUGAUCCGACCGGAUAAUAGAGAAAUGGAGGUUUUCAGCCGAGGAGGUGAACGUUUCCAAGGUGCUGUUUACAGGUAACGGGCCUCCUGCAGACGUGUCCCGCGAGCGUGGCAGAGGGAAGGGGGGCACCGAGCACAGGGGCAGCUGGACCGGCCCCUGGCAGGGUUGGGGGCCCAUCGCUCGCCGCAGGGGCUCCCCUGCUGACAGGGCUUGUCCGUGGCAGAUGUCGCUGGUCACAGCUCCCCAGACAGGCUGCGCGAAGCCUAAAACCCACUUUGCUUCUGCAGCCUUUGCAGAGUCCUGGAGAUCCCUCCCCAGCAGAGUCCAGCAGCUCCUCGCUCCAGGCACCCUCAGAGCCCUUCUGUUGAUGAUUUGGUGGAUAACUUCCUAAAAAAGCCUUUAUUCUGCUUUGGGAUCUCUCCAAGAUCCUCCCUCCACCCUCAGGACCAUGCCAGAUGUUCAAUGUGUUCUCUCCAGCUUAAAAACCUUCACCAGUUUCUGGUGUUCUAUUUAUAUGUUUGCGCUUGCCCAGCACGACCCCGCUGUGGCCGGGCUGAGAUCAACCUGAACCAUCUCAAUUGAAUCCAAUCAAUUCUUGAUUUCCUUUGGGUUUACAGGCUCCCCACAGCCAGUCCAGCCCCCAUCAUUCCCUCCUUGAAAGAAACAGAUUCCAGACCACAGAAGGGAUAAAUAACACCACACAGAGCGAUAGGGGGGUCUAUUUUUUCUACUUACUGGGGUUUAAAGUACAGAAUACAAAUUAUGUAGUAAUAUUAUUGUAGAACUGCGAGAAAUUUAUAAUGUACAAAAUAUUUUUAUAUUGUUUUUCUUGAAGCAAAAAAAGCCACAAACCCCAACUUUUUUACAUUGGACUAAACAGAACUUUUUAAACAACAAGUUUAUGCCUCAAAGAUUGAAAAUGGAAAAGAAAAGGAUUAGUCUGUAGAGCAGCUUUGGGUUUAUUCCCUUUAUUUAGGUAGUUUGGCUUAGAGUAGCAUAGAGUUGUUUAAGUCCAGUUUUACUUUAGAUCUAAACCUGUCGCUUUAGUCCUCUCCUGUGUAAAUGUAACUUCAGAAGCACUGAAUGAAAGCUACUGCACAAACCUGAACAGAUGAAAAGUCGUUUUAAAGGCUGAAAGGGUCCUUUUAAAGCUUGAAAGAGUCAUUUGAACCCUUAUGGAAGCAGCAUUACCUGACCCCACCGCCAGCCAUACACUGAGCCGUGCACUGAUGCACUCAGAGGGGGGUAAGUUGUGGAGCACUCGCUCUAUCCGCACUCUGCUCUGCUUUACAUUACUUUGCCAGCUUAGACAAGAGCUGGUGCUGACCAAGGAACCGCUGCUCAGGCUCCUCCCAGCCCCCCCGGUCUCUUUUUAUCACUUGUUUUUAAAACACACCAAAAAAUUGCUUUACGGAACAGCAGCGAUGUCUCAGCCCGUGUGCGUGACCGAGAGCCUCGCUGCACGGUGCUGUCAAAGCAUCGGCCGCUGCAACCACCACAGAGGACAAAGCAGCCUCAGCAGCGUAGCUCACCCCAGCACUGCUGUAAAGCUGUUGUAAGCUACUGCCCAGUUGGUAUUUUGGGGAUGGAUGGGGUUGCCCAGAGAAGCUGUGGCUGCCCCAUCCCUGGCAGUGUUCAAGGCCAGGUUGGACACAGGGGCUUGGGAGCAACCUGCUCUAGUGGAAGGUGUCCCUGCCCGUGGCAGGGGGUUGGGACUGGAGGAGCUUUAAGGUCUGUUCUAAUCCAAACCAGGCUGGGAUUCUAUAAAACAUCCAAGUUAGCAAAGCGAAGGCAGGUAUUAGAAGAAAAGCAGAUGGGUAUAAAUAACACCAGUGGGAAUCAAGGAGCAAGUCCCAGCCGUAUUAACCUACAUCUCUCAGCCAAGGAGCAGCUCUCACCCCUGUCAAAGCUCACCAGGGCUUUCACCUGCUCAUUCCAAGGCUGCUUUGGUCCCUCCAUGGUGGUGCCGAUCCCUGCAGGGGCUCAGGGCCCACCCCUACAACAGCCCCCUCUGAUCCCCUUUAUCCCAUCUGAUUCCUGCACCCUCAGAAGCAUCUCCACACACACCCUGGAGCAGCUACACCAGCUUUCCCAGCCAGUGGUGGUCUGACCUGUGCCUGCGCCACGCGGGCAGGGUGGCAGCCAGAGCUGCCCUCUGCUGCAGGCUGAGCUCAGACAGCCCCUGCGUGCAGCAGGUUCAGUUUAGGCUGGUGGAACUGAGAACAGAGUUCAGAGCUUCCAAAGCACACAAGAUAAGAGACCAUUAAGCUGCCCAUUGCCAAGACAAAACAGUGACCAAGAGCUGUCACACAGCCCAGGGCUGAUACCCACCACCAAAACAAAGUUACCUUGAGUGAUACCAAAAAGUGUCUUUAGAAACACCAUAUGAAGUGCUACUGGUUUGUGUUAACGCUCUUUUUUAACAGAAGGAAAACUUUGCCCUUUAAGUUCUUUUACAGCGAUUUCAACUCUUCCUUAAAUCCAUCAUUUGACUUCCUGAAAUCAGUUUGAAUGUACGAGUCCUGGAAGCACCACUUCAUUAAGCCAAGUACAACCACUGUCUGUAUGUAGCAGGGAUCAAUGUUUUGCAGCUGUACUUUCAUUUGUCCAGUGACGAUCCACCACUUGUUGUUUUUUACUUCAUUGAGUAUGUAUUUUUUUGGCUUUUAUGUUCAAAAUAUGUUUAUAGCUUUAUAAAUAAAGUAACUGCCAGAGUGGCUCUUUGAGAUGGGCCACCGGGAGUUCUGAUCU